UCAUGCUCCUACAAAAUUCAAAGAAAGCGAUAUGAUCCAUGGCAUACGGCUGCACUCUACCUACUAGUCAAGGAAGACUGCUCAGUUUAAGCCUUCCAUUAUCUAUAAUCUUACAAAGUAGACUAUAUCUCUCACAUUUGUUCGUCAGUGAGCUUUGGGGAAUUGAGCUAUGGCAGCUGGGUUAGCAAUAACAAGUGAAGGUGGGCGGUACAAUGGCAGGAUGACCCUUCUUGUUCUUCUGUCAUGUAUGAUGGCUGCCACAGGAGGAAUUAUCUUUGGUUAUGAUCUUGGAAUUUCAGGUGGAGUGACAUCUAUGGAGCCUUUUCUCAAGAAGUUCUUUCCAAAGGUUAACACAAAGAUGAAAGAAGACACCAAGAUUAGCAAUUACUGCAAAUUUGAUAGCCAACUGUUGACUUCAUUUACAUCUUCACUCUACAUAGCCGGCCUUAUUUCGUCUUUCUUCGCAUCACCUGUGACCAGAGCCUUUGGACGCAAGCCAUCGAUUCUUAUAGGAGGAGCUGCAUUCCUUGCUGGUUCAGCCCUUGGUGGUGCUGCUUUUAACGUGUACAUGUUGAUAUUUGGUCGUGUCUUGCUUGGGGUUGGGGUUGGAUUUGCAAACCAAUCAGUCCCAUUAUACAUCUCCGAAAUGGCACUUCCCAGACACAGAGGAGCAAUGAACAUUGGCUUCCAAUGCGGUGUUGGCAUCGGAGUGCUUUCAGCUAACAUUAUAAAUUUUGGCACUGAAAAGAUUGAAGGUGGAUGGGGUUGGCGUAUCUCCCUGGCGUUGGCAGCACUCCCGGCCUCAUUCCUGACAAUAGGAGCUCUUCUUCUCCCUGAAACACCCAACAGCUUAAUCCAGAACAGCAAUAACCACCAAAAGGCGAAAAGUGUGCUGCAACGCAUACGAGGCACCGCUGAUGUCCAAGCAGAACUUGAUGAUCUCAUCAAAGCAAGCUCAAUUUCAAAAACAACCAACCACCCAUUUCAGAAAAUUAUACAAAGAAAAUACAGGCCUCAAUUUGUAAUGGCAAUAGCUUUACCAUUUUUCCAGCAAGUGACAGGCAUAAAUGUCAUUACAUUCUAUGCUCCAAUCCUGUUCAGGACAAUUGGGCAAGGUGAAAGUGCUUCACUCAUGUCUGCAGUUGUGACUGGCCUUGUUGGUACUACUGCUACAUUCGUAUCAAUGCUUGCAGUGGAUAAGGUUGGCCGAAGGGCCUUGCUUAUGAUUGGGGGAAUCCAAAUGCUUGUGACACAAAUAAUUAUUGGAGGAAUUAUGGCAGCUUUGCUAGGGGAUCAUGGUGGAUUAAGCAAAGGAUACGCUUACUUAGUUUUAGCUUUAAUUUGUGUAUAUGUUGCUGGUUUUGCAUGGUCAUGGGGUCCGUUGGGAUGGUUAGUUCCUAGUGAGAUUUUUCCUUUGGAGAUUAGAUCAGCAGGGCAAAGUAUUACAGUAGCAGUGGGCUUUCUCUUCACUUUCAUCAUUGCACAAACUUUUCUAGCUAUGCUCUGCCACUUCAAGUCAGGGAUUUUCUUCUUUUUCGGAGGAUGGGUGGUGUUGAUGACUGCAUUUGUAUACUUUUUCUUGCCAGAGACUAAAAAUGUGCCAAUUGAGCAAAUGGAAAAAGUAUGGAGGGAGCACUGGUUCUGGAAAAGGAUUGUUGGAGAGGUGGAUGAGAAGGUUUACACACAGGGGGCAAGAUGUUAAAUUUGAUUGAAGUUGCAUUCUCAUUAUAUAUCUAGCAAGAAGAAAUUAAUAUUUCUGUGGAGUGAUUCCAACCACAGUUGCUUCAUUAUAUAUGCAAAGCCAUAGCAUGGUAGUUCGCAAUUAUAGUAGAACAUACCACUUAGGCUUAGGUCAAGUGAUGAGAUUUGAAUACAACAAAGUUACUUUCAAGUGGUUA